AAUGCCUCUGGUGUAAUCUUUGUAACAUUAUUUCUUCCUCCUGUAAUGGCUCAAUUGCUAGAUAUGCUGGUUCCUCUCUUUCCUGCCAUGUAAUAACCGUACCUCGCUCAAUGCCCUCUUAUCGAAAAACAGUCGUCAAUUUCGUGUCAGAUUAAUAAAAAGCUACAAUGUCAAAUAAUUCCUUGUGCCUCAGAGACGUUCAGCUCCCCCCCGCCGCCUGUUGUCUCCCAAAUAGCUCGUUAAGCGUCAGAGGACGACCAAUAGCCUGCAUUGCCGGACCAGCCUCUGGCCUUGGGCCCUCAUCUACCACCGUCCCGGCAGCACGGGCAAUCUUCCAGCUCUCUUCAAUGAUGGCUCCAUUGGUAGCCCGAGUUCCCUCCUCGUCAUUAUGGAUCCAUAGCCCAACGACCUUCUCACCCUCUUCCCAAUGGCCCUCGACCUUGAGAAUCACCAGCUCCCCCAUGAUCUCAACAUGGCCCACACUCGCCAAAUCAACAAUCACAUUGUCAAGGCCACGACGGCUCAGAACAAAGACGCAGGCCCGAGGGCGGUGGUCGGGGUCCUCUGGCAGCGGCGUCUGCGCGCAAACAAACAUGGUGCCCUCGAUGCCGGACUUUUCCCAGCCUUGGCUUGCGUUGUCGAAUGUGUAGACGACGGCGUUGGCGGCGAUGCUCAGGAUCCUGCUGAUGGACGGCAGGUAGCGCUGGAGCACGGAGAGGUUGAGCUCGGUGUUUGUUCGCGGCGGCGGGGCCUCGUAUCUGGAUGUUGUGAUGGCGGCGUCGGAUUCGUAGUCGGAGAUGGCGGGGAUGCGGUUUGAGGGAUGGCGGUUGUGCCGCGGCUUUCUGGGCGUUGGUUUACUGCUCAUGAUGGCUGUUGUUGUGGUUUUGUCUCUUCGGAAGUAGCUGUAUGGCACUCUGCCCCGAUGUGAUGCGGCGUGUCUAUCUUUGCGGGCAAUCGAGGCUGUGUGGUUGUCGCAAGAGAUUAGAUAUAGAUUGGGUAUGGAGAUGGUCGAGAAGAGUUUGCUGCAAGAGCUGCUGCUUAAAGGACACUGGAUAUGGCGAUGGGCGUAUUUGCAGCCGCCGCGAGACCAGUCCGUCGGGUCUGAGCCGGUGGACGUCGGGGUCCCCCAGUCGCUGGCCAGAGCCGUGCUGUCUCGCCGCUCCGAAUAUCUUCGUCCAAGCACGGUCCGUAUCAAGGUGGGCACCUGGAAUGUGGCGGCCUGCACCGGAACCGACAAAGACCUCGCGAGCUGGUUCACCGAGGAAUUCGAAACUGGCGAAGCCAUCUCGAGGCUCGACAUCUCAGGAGACGGCCCCUCAAAGCGUCCAGUCGAGUCGGACGAUAAAGGUCACAAGUCAGUGGAAUCGGAGAGCGGCGAGGGCUAUGAUCUCUAUGUUCUGGGACUGCAAGAGGUGGUGGAUCUCAGCCGAACCGGAGAGUACAUGAGCCGGAUAUACGUGGACAAUGGACCCAUGGAGAAAUGGACUGCAGCGGCGGAAGCGGCACUGCCUCCAGGCUACCAGCUGGUCGUCUCUGAGCAAAUGACAGGAUUGCUACUCUUGGUGUACGCUUCUCCCACGAUUGCUCCCACCAUCAGCAAUGUGUCCACGCGGCAGGUCGGGACAGGUCUUCUUGGGUAUUUUGGAAACAAAGGGGCUGUAGCAACGCGCCUUGUGCUGGGAGAAACCACAAAGCUCCUCUUUGUCAAUUGCCAUCUCGCUAGCGGCGCAGAUACAGCAUCGCUUGACAGACGGUGCUGGGAUGUAGGGCAGAUCAUGUUCAAGACGCAGUUCGACUCGGUGGUGAUUAGCGGCGUGUCUGAUGACGACGGAGACAGGAUUGGGGAUGAAGACUAUGCAUUCUGGUUUGGAGACUUGAAUUUCCGCCUAGACGGCCUUCCAGGAGAUGACAUUAGAAGGCUCCUCACGUUACAUGCUCGAGGGGAGUACGACUUGAGCAACGACAAGGUCCCGGCGCCCAUUGAAGGCGGCGAUGGAAUUAUUGUCACCAGGACAUCUGAAAGCGACGACGAGACAACCACAAUGUCGUCGAUGCAUUCUCGCGACCAUAGCUUUGAUCAGAGUUUCGACUCUGCCAGUUCGUUGCCGGAUCCAGAUGACUUCCCAGAUGAUCCCAGCCAGGACCCGGCAUCUCUUCAAGCAACCAUCGAUUCACUGCUGCCGCAUGACCAGCUGAGGCGAGUCAUUGCAAAACAGAGGCUGUUCCACGACGGCUGGAGAGAAGGACCCAUCUCAUUCUUACCAACCUUUAAAUACGACGUCGGUACAUUUGGCUUAUUCGAUACGAGCGAGAAGCAGAGGGCGCCCAGCUGGUGCGAUCGAAUCCUUUACAGGACACGCAAGGACAGAGAGGAGUACGAGAAGAAAGCAGAGGCCUUGAAAGAGGUCAAGCGGAAAGACGAAGAGAUGAGGGCAAGAGGGCUUGAACAGGAUGAUGAUGUCCUCUUUAGCUACGACCCUGACGCCGAUGGAGGAACCCUGCCUCCAAAGGCCCCCACCGCUGAUUACAAGGCAUAUGAUGAAUACGACGAAUACGACGAAAAUGAUGAUGGGGAAGCAUUGGAUGAUGCCUCACAAGAGGAAAUCUCUCUAGAGUUUUACAACUCGUUCCAGCGAGUCACAUCUUCAGACCACAAGCCGGUUGUUUCCACAUUUACACUCAACUACGACGCUGUUGACCAAGAAAAGAAGGCGCAGAUUCAUGCAGAGAUUGCCUUUGAGCUGGACCGAGCCGAGAACGAAGGCCGGCCCGGCGUCACCCUCAUCGUAGAAGGCGGUUACGGCCAGACAGACGGCGCCGUCGACUUUGGCGAAGUAGGCUUCUUCGAGACGCAUUCUUGCCUCAUAACCAUUGCCAAUACCAGCAGUGCCGCUGCCAGCUUCGAGUUCCUCAACGAGUCUCACUCUAGUGAAGAUGAAUCAAGUGCAGCAAAGUGGCUCAAGACGUCAUUCCACCGACCCGACGAUGACGGACACAAGGCCACGCUGGGAUCGUCAGUGACCCUCGAACCCGGCGAGACGGUAAUGGUUGUGAUUGAGGCUCGAGUUUCGGAGAUUUCACAUGUUCGGGGGCUAAACGACGCCAGCUGCAAGCUUGAUGAAGUCUUGGUGUUGCGCGUCGAGGGGGGCAAAGACCACUUUGUGCCGGUACACGGAACGUGGCUCCCGAGUUGCUUUGGAAGAUCGAUUGACGAGCUGAUUCGAGUCCCCGAUUACGGAAUCAGAAAGUUUAUCAAAGAUAACAAUAUCCAAGGAACCAUUACGUACGACUGGGACGUGCACUGCUCCGCGCCUCGAGAACUGUUCAAGCUUACUGAAGUUAUACAAACCAUGGCUGAACGAUGUGUAGCGGAUGAAGCGAUGCUUGAGGAGCUGACCAUCCCGCGGGAUCCUGGCUGGCCAUUGGAUCCCUCCACCUGGACGAUAGAAGCCGACAAACAAGACGCCCUCAAAGCAGCACUGAUAUCAGCCCUGGAUAGCCAUUCGCCUCUAGCGGACGCCUUGCCCGUGGAACUCUUGUCAACGCAAAAGCUGGAGAUUUACUCUUCCGUCUUACUUUUAUUCCUUGCCUCUCUCAUGGAUGGGCUCAUCCCGCCACACCUUUGGGCUAAGCUCUCAAUAGAAUUGCCCAACCUUACGUCGACUCCGGUAAACGCAUGGCCCGAUGUGAAGAACCACAUCCUGGACUCGCUUUCCACUUCCCCAAGCCACAACAUUGCAUUUGUCUUUCUGACGGCGACCCUUUCGCGCGUGGUUGCUGAGCUCAGUCCCGCCACCCAGCCACCAACACCUGCGCUCGGGGCACUGACGCGGCGACUGAGUUUCCGUCCCAACGAGACUGAGGCAGCUAGAACGAGAAGGAUACGAGAGAGGAGAUAUGCCGAACUAGUGAGCCCGCUGCUGUUCCGAUCGAGUGAUGACAAGGACAAGGCAAAGAGGGACCGAGAGCGAGUUGUGCUGGAAAUGUUUCUGAAGAGGGAUGAUCGGAGCUAGACGCUCAAUAAAGGAGGGAGGCUAGCCCGGAAGAAGAUGAGAUGGCGCUGAAUGCUUGGAGUGAACCUUUUUUAGAAGUUGCAAGGAUAUUUCUUUUCUCGAUAUGAAUUCAUGAAUUCAGUAGGACGAUUCACGUUAUUGGCGCCUGG